GAGAUAACGAAUCCCUACAGCAAGCCCGAGGAAAAGUGAGUGAGUUAGUGAUAAGAUUUACGGUUACCUGUCCGUCGUCAUCGCUAAGCGGGCAAGCGACGGAAAAUGGACAAAGACCCGACCAACGUUUCGGGCUGAACGUGCCUGGUCGCCGAGCGUUACUUUCCCACCCCCAAACCGGAUGACAGCUUGGCGGAAAAUAGUCACACACUACCUCUGUCUCGGGCCAUCAUCCCUUCCACUCUACCGACGAGCAGCGACCUCCCCUUGACGAUUUCACGAGUCCACCGAAAAACAGGAUAUUUGAUUAUUGACUGAUAGCGAUACCGUUACCCCAAUUUGCGAGAUGUGGUGUGAUAACUGUUUACUGCUACUUCCAUUGAGGGGUGGGGCUAUCGCUUGGGCAGUCGUUAUCGCGGCGUAUAGCAUCGCUGGCGGUGUCUUCCUCUUAAAAGAUGGUCAAUAUAUGUUUUUCACUUAUCCUGAAUGGUACAUUUACGGUGGUAUCGGCCUGGGUGUUGCCGCUGUCGCCAUCAUUAACAUGUUCUCUCUUUCCAACCGAUCGUACAUAUGGACUAGGGUCUGCAAGUUCUUGUGGCCGUUCAUCAUCGUCAUAAGUGCCGUACGGGCCAUCCUGAUGAUCGUUGAGCUUGAGCGAGGUAAGGAUAAUAUCCAAUGGGAAUGUGACAAUGGCGGCCAAUUGUGGUCAGCGUCUGCGGCUGCGGGCUAUUCGACGUCUACGUCGUUCCCAAGUACAUUUUGCUCCUCGGGAUUCCCGAGUUUGUAUACAGCAUUUAUUAUCUCGCUUCUUGUCGAUCUUGGGUGCCAGAUGUACAUGUUUUUUUUGAACUGGCGCUUUUCGAAGCGGUUGGAGCACUACUCGAAUAUGAAGGGUCCAUUCCAUGGCGGUUAUUACAACGCCUAGGCGUCGGAGGUCCCAGACAUUCCUUCUGUUUGAGCUGCGUGCCAGCGUCAUUCUUCAACUCGGACCCAUAUAUUAUUAACGUUUAUUCUUUAUACUCACGAACUUUACGAUACUGUAAUGAAUCACGACUGGGACGGCGCUGCCGUUCACUUGCAUGACUUUGAUGACGACUUUGCUGUAGUAUCUUGUUUCGCCUGUAGUGUUAACUAUUGCGCAUGCCGUGAUGUGAAUAUACCUUACAUCUUGGCACAGGGCUGUUGAGCAAGCUGAAGCUGUCAGAGACGUAUGAAUGUUUGGGAUGUAUGAUAUGCU